CGCCCAGUUUCUGCCGCCGGCUCGCACGGGACGGACGUGGCUCGCUGUGCUGUUUACCCGUUCCGACACGUUCUAUCCGCGUUUUUAAAGGACCUUAAUGAAAAAUUGACGAAAACGCUCCUAACGACUCCUCAGAGGUGUCCCUGUGGUUUCUAAUUAAACUUUGUGCGCUAGGAUUUAAAAGAACAUGUAGCGAUGCCCGGUACAACCGUCAUAAUGUUGUGACAAUGAACACGGAUUAGUGUUGUGCACGUGGCGAUAUCCGUGUCGAUAAAAUGGCCCGGUGGUUCCUGUUGCUGUUGCUGCCCGCGCUCGCGGCGGCACUGCAGCCGACCGACAGUGACGCGUGUAACCCGGAUAAGAUGACCGUGUACCGGAUGGUGCUGCACACGUAUUGGACGAGGGAAAAGUUUCCGAAACAUUAUCCGGACUGGCGGCCGCCGGCGCAGUGGUCGAGGGUUUAUGGCGUCUCCCACGACCGCUCAUACGUGUUGUUCCGCCUAGGCCGCCGGGUCUCGUCCCCAGUCCGUCAGUUCGCUGAAUCCGGGCGCGCUGACGCGCUCGGUUCAGCGCCGGGCACUAUGGAUGUGUUCGGCGCGCCCGCUGUGAUGCAGGGCGCGGGCCGGACGGAGGCUGAAUUCUUUGUUGAUGGGAACCACUCAAGGGUAUCAGUAAUGGCCAGGAUGAUCCCCUCCCCCGACUGGUUUGUGGGGGUGGAUAGCUUCGACCUCUGUGUGGACGGCAAUUGGCUGGACAGCAUUACGAUAGAGGUGGACCCAUUAGAUGCGGGCACAGACAACGGGUUCACGUUCACAGCACCCAACUGGCCGACGGCUCCUCAAGGAGUCGCUUACCGCAUCACCUCCAAGUAUCCUUCACAUCCCGCUGGCUCCUUCUUCUACCCGCACCUGAGGAGACUGCCGCCCAUAGCCACUUUCCAGUUUAUAAAGCUGCGCGAAUACGAGCUGUCAGAGGUGUUCCACCGCGACAGCGACGACCGACGAUACGACGUGCUCCAGCUGGACAAGCUCAGCCACAACAGCAUUGACGUUCUUGACGGGAACAGAGCGUUGUCCAUAGCAGAGGAGGUCGAGAGAGAAGAACAGGCGCCUAGGAUUUAUUCCGAAGGCGCUAUGACGACACCAGAUGGAGCGUACUCCUAUUAUUUUCUGGUAAACACAACAACUAGUACAACGGAAGAGCCGCGCUCAGCCAACGAGUUGCCAACAUCAGGCCCCACCGCCAGCGAGAGAUCGGCGCUCCGCAGUCUAGCGCGCCGGUACCGGGCGCGGCGGCGGCGCAAGCUGCGCGCCGACAACGCCGACCCGGCUGAGCGGAGGAAGCGAAAAAGAGCUAAGCUGCUAGACUGCCGGGUGUCGGACUGGGGCGAGUGGAGCACUUGCCGCACCGACGGCGGCUGCGUGGGCUCGGCGCACCGCACGCGCCGCGUGCUGCGCCGCCAGCGACCUGGCGGCGCGCCCUGCCCGCCCACCGCGCAGUCCCGGUGGUGCUUCACAAACUGCACCAACACGGACGACUGGCGGAACAAUCUCACGUAAUUCGGUUUCUUGAUGGAGAUCUUCUAUUAAUUUAUGAGACCGGCGUCUAAUGAUUGUAACGGUCCGUGGUAGAUUUUUUAGAGACAAACUAUGAAUGCAACUUAAAUUAAAGCGUAUACAUAUACACAGGCGCACAUAUAGAACGCGGUUUGUUAUAGUCUAACAUGAAUACAUACCAUUAUAUUUGGUCGUGUUGCACGUAUGUACAUGGGUGAGGCGUGACAUGCAUAUAACGAUUUUAGCCGCAGCGCCGUCUAGACAUCCUGGCGUACUGCUGCAGUCAGCGCCCACAGCAAAACUAUCACUAUAAUAAUACGAGUAUUAUUAAGCUUUUUAAGAUGUUAGUCUCUAAAAAUUAUCUGUCUUGCGGUGCGUAGACGUCGCUCUUUUUGGCAAAUAUAAUGCUACAAAAAUUAAAUCACAAUGAUAGAUAAAAGUUUAUACCAGUUCUUUGAGACCUUAUAUAGGUAAUAUUCUUUCUAAUAAAAAAAUAUACCUGGAAUAAGUACCUAUGUUAUUCAGACUUUCCCUGUUUGUAAGUACCUAUUUGUUUUUUACGUCUGUGUCUGUCCGUCCAAAGAGAUGUUUCUUCAAUUAAGUUUCACUUCCUAAUUCAUUCGAUGUUUUCACUUCAAUGUAAAUUGGAAAGGUGUAAAAAUAAAUUAAAAAUAACAUGUAUAAAAUACUUAGUAAGAGACUGUCGAUGUUCGAAAUUAGAUAGAGGUGUCAUUUUUUCGCUGUAACUACGUAAGCUUCUUAUAAAUCAUUUUCAUUUGUUUGUCAAUUAUUGUUAGAAUAAGUGAAAUUAAGAUUAAGCAGAGUCGGAAAUAAGUUUCUCUUAAGUUUCAGAAAAUAUAUAUCAUAACAAUGAUUUAAUAUAGGAUUUCCUUUAAUCUAUUUUCUAUCUGGAUAUGUUCAUUCUCUACAUACAUUACGUACCUACAUUUUCAGCUCUAGUACAAAAUAAUAUCGUGUCUUAUGCUAGACUAUAUAAAUAAACUUAAACCAUUUUUUAGUUCAUUCUGUCUUUAGCUGUAACUAUUUCAUAUUUUUAUUAAGGUUUCCUGACAAUAUACACUGGGGGUUAAAUAAUAAAAUAAACAUAUCGUUUACUUAAGUGUUUCACUCGUGACAGUAACUCAAUAAAUAUGAUAGUGAUCUACUGGGUUCAGGGAAGGGAAAUAGCUCCAAAGAUGCAGCUUUUAUUUAAUUAAUAUUAAUUUAAGAUAUUGACGUUUCUUGCACUGACUCAUUUUAUUAAA